GGAGAGCCCGGCCCCAGGAAGCUCUAGAGAGAUUGAGUGUGGAUUUUCUGGUGAGAUAGGGCGCUCCAGGGAGGAGGGGGAGAGAAGGAGAGAGAGAGAGAAAAGAAGGGAGAGAGGAAAGGAAAGGAUAGGGAGAAAGAGAGAGGGAGAGAGAGGGGACGCGUUUUCUCCCCUCUGAGGCAGCGGCGGCGAGGACCUAGCGCACUAGCCUCAAUCUUUCCAUUCUCAUUCCCAUCCCCAUCCUCAUCCCGCCUCCCCGGCGGCAAAGCAGCCAAGCCCCCUGCAGGCACCCGGAGAGCUGCUGCUUGCUUCUCGGAGACGGAGCAUGAACACCAACGAAGCCAAGGAUUAUCUGGCCCGGAGGGAGAUCCCCCAGCUUUUUGAGAGUCUGUUAAACGGAUUGAUGUGUUACAAGCCUGAUGACCCAGUAGAGUAUCUCGAGAGCUGCUUACAAAAAGUCAAGGAACUGGGAGGACCAGAGAAGGUGAAAUGGGACACUUUCGUGGGCCAAGAGAAAAGGACAUUACCUCCCCUCAAUGGCGGACAGUCCCGAAGGUCGUUUUUAAGAAACGUGAUGCCUGAAAAUGCCAACUUUCCUUAUCGGCGAUAUGAUCGGCUCCCUCCAAUCCACCAAUUCUCCAUAGAAAGUGACACUGACCUUUCAGAAACAGCCGAGCUCAUUGAGGAGUACGAGGUUUUUGAUCCAACCCGACCACGACCGAAAAUCAUCCUGGUCAUAGGUGGCCCAGGAAGCGGAAAGGGAACUCAGAGCUUGAAAAUAGCCGAGCGCUUUGGAUUUGAAUACAUUUCAGUGGGAGAGUUGUUAAGGAAAAGGAUCCACAACACAAGCAGCAACCGGAAAUGGAGCCUCAUUGCUAAAAUUAUCACGACUGGAGAACUGGCCCCGCAGGAAACCACAAUCACAGAGAUAAAGCAGAAACUGAUGCAGAUGCCUGACGAGGAGGGGAUCGUGAUCGAUGGGUUUCCCCGGGAUGUGGCACAGGCGAUAUCAUUCGAGGACCAGAUCUGCCCCCCAGACUUGGUUGUCUUCCUGGCCUGCACUAGCCAGCGGCUCAAGGAGAGGUUGCUGAAGAGGGCAGAGCAGCAGGGCAGGCCUGACGACAAUGUGAAAGCCACCCAGAGGAGGCUCGCCAACUUCAAGCAGAAUGCCUCACCCUUGAUCAAAUACUUCCAGGAGAAGGGGCUCAUCAUGACGUUUGAUGCCGACCGAGAUGAAGAUGAAGUGUUCUAUGACAUCAGCCUGGCUGUGGGCAGUAAGCUGUUCCCGCCCACGGAGGCUGUGGCAGGGCCAAGUGAAUUCGACCUUUGUAUGGACACUGGAGAUGGGAUCGAUGCAGGGUCUGACUUGGAGGAGCAGGGAGAUGACAAGAUAAAUGUUUUUGGGGAGGACACAAUGGAAGAUUUUGCAGAAGACUUGAAGAAGUCUAAGAUUAUUUUUGUGAUUGGUGGUCCUGGCUCUGGCAAGGGAACCCAGUGUGAGAAGGUAGUCGAGAAAUACGGCUUCACGCACAUCUCUACCGCUGAGCUCCUGAGGGACGAGCUGGCCUCGGCAUCAGAGAGAAGCCUGCUGAUCAGAGAGCCCCUGGAGCGUGGAGACCCCAUGCCCGCGGGCAUCGUUCUGGAGCUCCUGAAGGAAGCCAUGGCUACCCACCUGGGAGGAGACACGAAGGGGUUCCUCAUCGAGGGCUAUCCCCAGGAAGUGAAGCAGGGUGAAGAGUUUGAGUGCAGGAUUGGAAAGCCCCACCUGGUGAUCUGCAUGGAGUGCUCAGCCGACACCAUGACCAACCGGUUGCUGCAGAGGAACCCAGAUGACCGCCCCGAGGCCAUCACCAGACGCAUCCAGACCUACUACCAGGCCUCGGUAGCCUUGACUGCUCACUAUGAGGAGAAUGCACAGUUAUACAAGAUAAAUGCGGAGGGGAGUCCUGAGGAAGUAUUUCUCCACAUCUGUACAGCUGUUGACUCCAUCUUCUGAAGGACAAGAGGGAUGGACAGAAAAAGACAAUCCCAGGCUCCGUGUCCUGCCCAGAUCAUCGUGUAUGUACAAAGCUCAGCCUCUCAUGUCCCACAAGCGUUCUGGCCGCAGUGCUGUCCGAAGCCUGAAGGGUAGCUGGGGUCAGCGUCUGGUGUAUUAUUCGGCAUUGUCCAGCCUCCUCCUCUUCUAUCCUCGCACUGCCCACAACCACACCUGUGCAUCUCUCCUUUCUCCAUGAGUUUCCAGGGCACAGGGAUCAGCACAUGCCACCUGCAGGAGCUCCCAGUAGGGUCUGUCAAUCAGCCAGACCACACAGGCUGGCACGGGGAUUCCCCUGGCAUCCCACGGGAACUGUGUUUUUCAAGGUUUCCCUCUUCAUUGUGGUCACUAGGGUCGAUGCAGGCCUUGGUCACCUCAUGGCGAGAGGAGGACCCUGCUCAGUAAUCUUUUUCCUAUCAUGUGGUGCCUUCACGUUCCCUUCCCCCUCUCCCUCCUCCCCAAAGCCAGAGCAGUCCAGCAGAUGGUCAAGACCUUGACACUGAAUCAACAGCAGAAGAGGAGAAGCUUCUGGCCAGCUUCUGGCAGCCAGAAGUCUUGCCUCUGACACACACUAGUCAGCGUAGCCCUCAGUGCAGAGGGAGCCAGCCUGCAUCAACAGAAGGAGCCAGGGAAAUCACAGGUCUAGUCUCUUGCUGGAAGCCGUUGCUCUGCAUACUAUCAAUGCUUGUGAACAGACGUUAAGAGGAUUUCCUUCUUGCAAAAUGGCGCAAAGAUGACAAUUGAUGCCUGACUUGGAAAGCCUGGCAUAGAGAGCAUAAUAAAUAAUGCAGGACUGACUCUAGAUAGUCCAUGAAGGCAUAACGAGCCCCAUGGAGGAGCCAAAGGACGAUCCCUUGGCCGUCCACAUUCUAACAUCUGGUCACAAUCCUCACUUUCACCCCCAUGUGCUGGCUCACCCCUCACUUGCCCAUUUGGAGAAAGUGAUCCUGAGAGGAGGUGCUGGGGGUGAAGUCUGGCUGACGCCUCAGGACGCCACUACUCUGCCGCCAUCCCUGUCCUGCUGGCGUUGGUGACUCCGCCUCUCUCCUCUGUGCUCCCGCUGGUCCCAUCCAGCAUCUGUCCACUGCUGCUUCUCCCCAUCACUCACUGCCAGAGUCAAGCCCCUGCUUGCAUGACCUCUCUUCUUGCUUCAUCCAAGACCAUUUCUGGGGCAGAUCUGCAUUUUUAAAGUUGCUUUUCUUGUAAUGACCAUACGAUAAACCAAUAAAGUUAAAUGGAAGAUAGACUAA